ACCUGAUCGAAAUAUCUUAGAAUUAUGCUACCCCUCCACACCUAUAUAUAAACCAUUCGUCCCUUCCAAUUUCAACUACAUAAGAAUAUCAAAGAAAGAAAUCCCACAAGGCUUCCCUUCCCAAAUAUAAAUAUGCAUCCAGAAAACUCAACAAACUUUGAUCUAAGCAAUAUUCUUGAUUCAGAACUAGAGCAUCAAUUCAACAGCGCCAUUUCAGACUCAAUCUCCUAUAAUCUAUCCGUUGAAAAAUGGGAGAAAAUCGACGAAAAUGGAGAUAGUUCUCUUCGUUCAUCAUCACAAGUACCAAAUAACUGGAAGAGAUACAGAGGAGUGCGUAGGCGGCCAUGGGGAAAAUUCGCGGCUGAGAUUAGAGAUCCGAAAAAAAGAGGGGCUAGGCUUUGGCUGGGAACUUACGAGACCCCCGAGGACGCGGCAUUGGCUUAUGACCGAGCCGCGUUUAAGUUGAGGGGCACACGUGCCUUACUGAAUUUCCCUCACUUGAUUGACUCGAACGUCGCUGAGCUGAACAGAGUUCAGCCUAAGCGACGUUUGUGCUCACCCGAAAUAAAGGAGGAAGAAGAAAUUCCUAGUCCGAAAAGGAGAAAUGCUGAGCUAAUAAACAGCCUAGCUAAAGUCAAUUUGAAUAUGUUUGAAAUCUCUAGCUUGGCAUUUCAUCCUCAAGGAUAAAGAAAAAUCCUUUUCAAGUUUGAAUUAAAACUAUCUGGAGAUCGAAGCAGUACUCUUCUUUUCUUUUUCUUUGUUUUUUUCAUUGAAAAAAAAAAGGUCAAGCUUAUGAGUUUAUUUCCUUUUUUUUUUUUUUUUACGUUCUCAUGUUUUCCCUCAGAUUGCAAAUUUCAAGUUUGUCUGUAUGAAGAGUGGAUCUAAUUUUAUUUAUAUAUGUUGUAAGGGUAGUUUGUGUGUA